CUCUCGACGCGACCGUUGGCAGCCAAUGCGGUCACAUCGGCUUUGGUUCAAAGUCUAGCCGAGGUAAUCCGCCAGCUCCUGCAAGAAAAGGCACCCAAAGUGCCCAGCUUGGUCCACCAGAUGAUCAUCGGCAGCUGUGUGGUGGCGCCUCUUUCUACUGUCUGGUUCUCCUUCCUCGAGGCGCGCUUCGCAUCCUGGCCUCCCGGCAACCUCGGGACGGUGCUGGCGAAGACAGCGUGCGGGCAGACCUUCUUCGCGCCGACCAUCAACACCUGUUUUAUGGGUUCGCAGGGACUGCUGGAGGGACGGCGGCCAGCAGACGUUUUUCGCAGCAUCUGCGAGAAGUUCUGGACCGUGCAGAGAAAGAACAUGGCCGUGUGGAUCCCGGCCAACCUCUUUGCAUACAAGUUCGUGCCGCCCCGAUUCCGAGUGCUGUUCUCGAACUUUGUCGCCUUGUUUUGGACGUUGUCCCUCAUCUUGACGACCUCCAAAAACAAAACAGAGAGGCAGAAUGGAACCGCCUCCACUGCGGCUCUCGCCACAAAAUGA